GUCAAAGUGACAGUUACUGUGAAUUUUGUUCGGCCCUUUUCCAGUGAAAGUGAAUUUAUUAAUAUUUUGUGUUGAAAAUCACUGAUAAUGGCCACUGUCGCGGAGCUGCAGAAGAAAAUAAAAGAGCUUGAAGCUAAACUAGCGGCUGCUCAAGGAAAUGCUGGUCCAGCGAGGCAGAAAAUUGAUGUUAUGUCGUCCGAAGUUGUCGACUCCAAUCCUUACAGCCGUCUUAUGGCGUUGAAGCGUAUGGGCAUUGUGGAGAACUAUGAGAAGAUCAGGGAGAUGUCCGUAGCCGUGGUUGGAGUAGGUGGUGUUGGUAGUGUCACUGCUGAGAUGCUCACUCGCUGUGGAAUUGGCAAGCUGAUCCUGUUCGACUAUGACAAAGUGGAGCUAGCGAACAUGAACCGGUUGUUCUUCCAGCCCCACCAAGCUGGGCUCAGCAAGGUGGAUGCGGCUGCGGCCACCUUACAGAAUAUCAAUCCCGAUGUUGCUAUCGAUGCAUACAACUAUAACAUCACCACCAUGGAAAACUUUCAGAAAUUUUGUGACACUAUCAGCAAGGGCAGCCUAACUGGGGGCCCUGUGGACCUAGUACUGAGCUGCGUGGACAACUUCGAGGCCCGCAUGGCGAUCAACACGGCGUGCAACGAACUCAACCAGCGCUGGUUCGAGUCUGGAGUCAGUGAGAACGCUGUCUCCGGGCACAUACAAUUCAUCAUACCCGGGGAAACUGCCUGCUUUGCUUGCGCUCCGCCGUUGGUAGUAGCGUCAAAGAUUGACGAGAGGACGCUCAAGAGGGAGGGAGUGUGUGCCGCCAGUCUGCCCACCACCAUGGGAAUCGUUGCCGGGUUCUUAGUUCAAAACACAUUGAAGUACUUACUAGAAUUUGGAACAGUGAGCCAUUACUUGGGAUACAGUGCACUCACUGAUUUCUUCCCAACUAUGGGGUUGAAGCCAAACCCGCAGUGCGACGAUAGCCACUGCAGGGCGCGACAGGCAGAGUUCAAAGCUAAACCCGUCGUGGAAAUAGCCACCGAAGUGAAGGAAGACACCGCGCCCGUACAUGCUGACAAUGAAUGGGGUAUCAGUUUAGUAGACGAACAUGUGCCAGAAGAGGACGUAACGAAUUUGAAUUUAGUUGACGGUGUACAGAUUGCAUACAGCAUUCCCGUAGAUAAUAGUACGCCGGAGUCCAGCACAGGUGGCGCUGUGGCCGCCUCCGAACUGUCGCUCGAGGAACUCAUGCAGCAAAUGAAGUCUAUGUAAAACCUUAUGACUAUAAUAGGUAAGACUUGAGCGAUUUAUCUGGAGAUGAAAGGAAUGAUUGAUCUGUGUCUAGGUGAUUUUUGUUUUAUAGCAAUCAGCCGUGCUUAGGGAAACUCAUAAAGAGAAAAUUAAGU